AUGGAUCAGAGCGAGCCGGACGAGCCACCACCUCUCCCAUCGGACGCUAGCCAGACGCUUUACAUCCAGAACCUCAACGAGAAGGUCAAGCUCGAGACAAUGAAGGCGACGCUCACCAACCUCUUUUCUAACUACGGCACCGUGCUCUCGGUCGUCUCCCACACCAACCUCCGCAUGCGCGGACAAGCAUUCGUCUCACUCGAUAACGUCCAAGCAGCAGACAAGGCGCGGCGCGAGGCACAUCUCUUUCCGCUCUACGGCAAGGCGAUGAAGAUCAGCUUUGCAAAGACCAAGUCGGAUGCGGUGGUGUUGCAGCCACUAAAGGACGAGGGCGGCGAGGAAUCCGCCGUCUUCAAGCAGCACAAAGAGGAGAGACUGGAGCACAAGAAGAUGGCAAGGAGAGGCAACGUGUUGAGGAGGAGGGAGCUCGAGAAGAAGAUCAGAGCAAAGAGGACUGCUGCGGGCGAGAUCGCCGAACCAGAAAAGGCAGCAGCGAGCAAGAGGGCGCAACAGGAGAUGCCCGACGAGUACUUGCCUCCCAACAAGAUGCUCUUCUUGCAAAAGAUUCCGGAUGGUGUUGGCAAGGGCGAGCUGGAGAGCCUCUUUUCCGCCUACUCGGGCUAUGUCGAUGUACAGACGAUUCCUGGCAAGGCGGAUAUCGCUUUCGUCGAGUUCUCCGACAUCCCAUCCAGCGCUACGGCGCGAGGUGCACUCAACGGCUACAACUUUGGUGCUGGUGACAAGCUCAAAAUCACCUUUGCAAGGGCAUAA